AUGUUAAGAUAUAUAUCAUCAAAGACAAAGAUGGUUCAAAAUGCGGUCAUCACUGGUGCGGCAUUAUCAUCAUCAUCUUUGUCGUAUAGUAGUAUUAGUAAUAAUAAUAAUGCAACGAUCGUUCAACCAUUUAGUCUAAAGAAACAAUGGUUUGAUGUUGAUUCAUUGUCAACAUACUCUAUACUUCGAAGUCAAAUAUCUCCUCUGACCAAUAGUAUAUUGUCAGAAUCAACAACAACAACAACAACAACAACAAAGUCUUCCACUCCUACUACUACUACUUCAACCUAUCAACCAAUGUUUAAUAGUAUUAAUGCAACCAAGAUACCAGGAGAUUAUUCAAUAAGCAAUGUAUUUCAUUUGUCAAGAGCGAUCAAUAGUAAACCAGAGACUGUGAUUGGACAGCUGACCACUCUCAUCAACGAUCAACAGACGAAACGUGACAAAAGGUUGAUUGAAAAGGUAGAGGUUAUCAACAAACAUCUCAACCUGACACUCUCACAACAGUAUCUAGAGGAGUGUGUUAGACUGUGGUGUCUUGGAGAAAGUAGUAAUAGUAGUAAUAGUAGUAAGCAAGUAACACUUGAUUUCAUUGCAACCGAUCCCAUACCACCACGUAAACGAGUGUUGGUAGACUUUGCAUCACCAAACAUGUCCAAGGAACUACAUGUCGGUCAUUUAAGAUCGAUUGCACUUGGUGAGUCGGUGUGUCGUAUACUAGAGUACCGUGGUCACGAGGUGGAGCGUAUUAGUCAUGUCGGUGAUUUUGGCACACCGAUGGGUAUGGUCAUUAGCCAUGCACUCGAUGAAAAGGCUCCAUUCCUUAGUCAUAUUUGGGGUCGUGCGGGAGUAGAGAGUGAUGACAGUCCAGCUAUGCCAGUAUAUAAAGAGAUGCCAUACAUUCCAACACCAAAAGAAAUGUCGGAAUACUAUGCAGCGGCCAAACAACGAACCAAGACAGACAAGCAAUUCGAGGUGAGAGCACAACUGACAGCUGCCGAGUUGCAAAAAGGACCACCCAACUUUGACAACAAUGGAAAUAAUAGUGGAUCACAUCCCGAUAUAUACCAAGCUUGGCAAUCGAUAUGUCAAGCCAGCAGAGAAGGAUUCAACCAAAUAUUUAAAUUAAUGAAUGUCAAUGUCAACGAAAGAGGUGAAUCAUAUUAUCGUACAAUGUUGGAAAAUGGAGCACAAUGUAUAUUUUUAAAUGGAAACAAAGUACCUGUUAUUAUUAAAAAGAGAGAUGGAGCUUAUUUAUAUGCUACGACAGACUUGGCAGCCAUCAAGAGUAGAAUUGAAAGUGGAAAGGAAUGGAUUGUCGUUAUUACAGAUGACUCUCAAAACAAACAUUUUGAAGAUAUAUUUUCGAUUGCUCGAUUGGCUGGUUGGCUCAAAGAAGAAGAAAAACAUGAUGGUGAUAAUGUCCGUGUUGACCAUUUAUCAUUUGGAGUGGUGCGUAGUGAAAAUGGGUCAAAGCUAAGUUCACGUGAUGGUAAUCCAUUGGCGCUGUCAGAGUUGGUCGAGGAAUCUGUCAAACGUGCCAAACAAGCAUCCAUCACAUCAAAGUCACUCAGUCGUGCUGAAACCAUCGAUCCCACCCACACUGCAUAUCGAGUAGAAGAACCUGCUCGUGUAUCUGAUACUUUUGAAAAUAAUGACCAAGACAAUCAAGAUGACGAAAACGUCGAUAUAAUGAAGAAUCAACAUUAUUUAAAAGUUGGUAUUAGUGCAAUUAAAUAUUAUGAUUUGGUACAACGUAGUAAUAGUUAUCGAUUCUCAUACGACAACAUACUAUCGUUUAAAGGAAACACUUCAAUCUAUCUAAACUACAGUCUGACUAGAAUUGCAACCAUUAUGAGACGUGCAAAGACAGAACGUGGAUUUGAUAUAGAAGAGGCUGAACUCAACAUUGCAUCAUUCCAAUUUCAAGAGUUUACAGAGAAUGAGAGACGUCUCGUCGUGAUGAUCUCCAAGUUUGCAGACACACUUAAAUCGGCUGAAGGACAACUCAGACCAGCCAUCAUAUGCGACUAUCUAUGGGAUGUGGCCGACACAUUCCAUCGAUUCUACGAGACCGACACUGUAUUGGGUAGUGAUCGUCAACAUCAACGUCUUUUAAUUUGUAAUACCGUUAAAAAGAUUUUAGAAACUGGUUUCUAUUUAUUAGGUGUUGAACCUGUUGAAAGAUUAUAA